CGGUUCUGGUUCCAACUUAUCCGACGACUCUACUUUCUUCAUAUAUUAUUCAUUGUUCUCCUCUGAAAACCCUAGACAUCGCAGAAGAAAACCUUAGAAGCAGCGGCUUCAGCUUGGGAAUUUCGAUACAAGAUGAAGUUCAAUAUUGCAAAUCCGACCACUGGGUGUCAAAAGAAACUCGAAAUCGAUGACGAUCAAAAACUCCGGGCAUUCUAUGACAAGCGUAUCUCACAGGAAGUAAGUGGAGAUGCCCUUGGGGAGGAAUUCAAGGGCUACGUUUUUAAGAUUAUGGGAGGAUGUGAUAAGCAGGGAUUUCCCAUGAAGCAGGGAGUGCUGACUCCUGGACGUGUUCGCUUGUUGCUUAGCAGAGGAACCCCUUGCUUCCGAGGAUAUGGAAGGCGCAAUGGAGAGCGUCGGAGGAAGUCUGUUCGUGGUUGUAUUGUCAGCCCAGACCUAUCUGUCCUGAAUCUUGUGAUUGUUAAGAAAGGUGAAAAUGAUCUUCCUGGCUUAACUGACAUUGAGAAGCCUCGGAUGAGAGGCCCAAAGAGGGCCUCUAAAAUCCGCAAGCUUUUCAAUCUCUCCAAGGAAGACGAUGUCCGCAAAUAUGUCAACACUUAUCGUCGCACUUUCACCACCAAAUCCGGGAAGAAGUGCAGUAAGGCACCAAAGAUUCAGAGGCUGGUUACUCCCCUUACGCUGCAGAGGAAGCGUGCCAGGAUUGCAGAGAAGAAGAGGAGGAUUGUGAAGGCAAAGUCUGAGGCGGCUGAGUACCAAAAGCUUCUUGCUUCGAGGCUCAAGGAACAGAGAGAACGCAGGAGUGAGAGCUUAGCCAAGCGCAGAUCAAAGCUUUCUGCUGCAUCAAAGCCGUCCGUUGCUGCUUAAGCACAAUCUCAAUAAGGAAAAUUAAGUUUUAGGUGGUUGUUGUAAUGGCCUCAAGAAAACCUAAUUUUGAUGUGUGUUGAGUGAGUUUUGAGGAGUUUUGUUAUUUAUAGUAUCUUUGUUCUUGAAGUACAAUAUCUUUAUUUUACUUGGGUUAAAAUAUAUUUUAUGUUUUAGAUAAGCA